AUGUCAAGGCUGUCUUCGCGGAUCGUCAAGUCUCUCUUUAUUCUUCUCGCCAGCACGUUCAUUUCUCUAUUUCUCAUUUUUCAUCUGCAUGACAGCGAUUUUAACUUAGUCCCAUCGGUGUUUUCACAUGCCGACGAAUCAUCUGCUCAACCAGCUCAGGGCGUGGAGCUCGUUAUUUCGAGCUUGAAAAAGGAAAAUGCCUCUUGGUAUCCGGUCUAUUUUCCUCGUUGGAAAAGCAAUAUUUAUGUAGUGGACGACCCCGCGGCGCCGUUGACAGUGCCUCAAAAUAAAGGCCAUGAAGCGAUGGUCUAUUUGACGUACAUUAUAGACCGCUACGAUAACCUUCCAGACAGUAGCCUUUUCCUUCACGCAGAAAGAUUCCAGUGGCACAACGACAACCCGGACUAUGACGGAGUUUUAUUGCUACGAAACCUUCAGUUUUCAUAUUUGCAAGCACAAGGCUAUGUCAAUUUGCGAUGUGCCUGGGCAUUAGGUUGCCCAGCGGCCUACCAUCCAUUGAAAGACGAUUCUAUUAGUCAACAGCAAAACAGCGAUGGCACCGGAGUGAUCUAUCUACAGACAUUCCAGGAAUUACUACCAGAGUAUCGGGUCCCUACACAUGUUGGAGUCAGCUGCUGCGCCCAAUUCGCAGUUACAAGGGAUACGAUCCGAAAACGACCGAGAGAGGAUUACAUUCGAUACCGGAAGUGGUUGAUAGACACACCUCUGCAAGAUGAACUGAGUGGGCGGUUUUUUGAGCAUUCAUGGCACAUUAUUUUUGGCAGAGAUCCUGUAUUCUGUCCGUCGGCGGAAGACUGCUACUGCAAGAGCAGGCUGCAUUCCGCCUCGCCCGUGGUGACGGGAUUCCACCACCGUCGUCGAUCCUCAACCAGCGUAUCGCCGCUCCGCCUGGUCAAGGAGGACUCGCCCGAGGCCAGCAGGGCCCAAGGAAGCACCUCGGGCCUGGUGGCCGGAAGCCUCGCGCACCCGACCUCGACGCUGGCCCCGAUCCCCGGCACGCCCGCGGAUCCUCAGGCGUCACCAAUGUCCCUGUCGCGAUCCCCUUCUCCAUUGCCCGGAGGAGGGUGGUCAAGCCCGGGGCUGACUCCAGGAAGUGGUUCUUCGUCGCCUCGUUAUGCGCCUCGCUCGCCUGGCCUCCAGCCUGAGAACCCCUCGUGGGCUGCCGCCAAAGCCAAGAGCGACCAGGUGCGCAGCUAUCCCUCGUUUUCCACUAGAAAUACCGGCUUCUUCUCGCGCCAGAAACGCAAGAUCUCCGCCAGUUUGCCUCGCUUUGCCCUUUCGCACGACUACAGUGAACAAGAGAAGCUGAACCGGGGACGAUCAUGGCCGAGAGGGGACGGGACACUCAAAGGGCGCCUGGUUGCGUUGGCUGCUUAUAUGGCAAAUAAGAGGAGGCUGAAAAUACUGUCCUUUGUGGUCCUCGCAUUUAUAUUAUAUCUCAGUUUUUGGUCGGCUCUGGUCCAGUCGUACCGGGCGUCGUCAUUUGGAGGAGGAAAAAAGGUUGUCAUGCUGAUCGCGUCAAACGUCGAAGGCGGAGUGAUGGAAUGGAAGGGAGCGCGCGAAUGGGCUAUCGAGCGAGUCAGUCUGUCGAACAAGAGGAAAUACGCCAAAAAAUGGGGACACGAGGUGGAAAUUCUCAACAUGGUCGCCAAGAAGCGAUACGCCCACGAAUGGCGCGAGAGCUGGGAAAAGGUUGAUUUCAUCCGGGACGCCAUGAAGAAAUAUCCAAACGCGGAAUGGUUUUGGUGGUUGGAUUUAAACACCUACAUUAUGGAGUACUCCUACUCACUAAACAACCACAUUUUCAACAAUCUCGGCUCCGACACAGACACAUACCGCGACAUCAACCACUACAACCCUCUGAACAUCACCCACCCGCCUACCGAUGCGUACCUCGACCCCGUCACUCUCUCGCCCACGGGGGAUUCGGACCCGGCCUCAAUUAAUUUAAUUAUUUCACAAGCCUGCGACGGGUUCAAUCUAGGCUCGUUUCUGAUCCGCCGGUCUGAAUGGACCGACCGGCUACUCGAUCUCUGGUGGGACCCGGUGAUGUACGAGCAAAAGCACAUGGAAUGGGAGCACAAUGAACAAGACGCCAUUGAAUAUCUGUACGAAAAACAACCGUGGAUCCGCUCCAAUACCGCCUUUGUGCCGCAACGACGCUUCAACUCGUUUGCGCCGGGCGAGUGUGGAAACAAGACCGAGGGCAUCCAUUACCAGGAAAAAGGACGAGAUUUCGUGAUUAACCUGGCCGGGUGCAAGUUACGCGACUGCUGGACGGAGAUUUACUGGUACCGCGAGUUGAGCAAUUGGCUCAAUCGAAAUCCUUGGGAGAUAUUCAAGGACACCACCGCCGAUUUCUUCAACCGGUUGUGUGGGCGAACAACACGAUAUGAAGACCAUCAUCAAUACGUGUGA